AUGCUGAAGAUCUCACUGCUUGCAAGGGACAACAACAGCGAGCCCAAGUCCUGGGAUGAUGGGUCCAAGUCACUCUCGGAGAGUAGCAGUAGCAUCACUUCAGAGAGUGUCCGUCCUGAAGAGGAAGCCAAUGGAUUAUCGAUUAUGCAAACCUUGAUUCACUUAUUGAAAUGCAACAUUGGCACGGGGCUCCUGGGACUUCCUCUGGCCAUGAAAAAUGCCGGCUUAUUGGUCGGUCCUUUCAGCCUGCUUGCCAUCGGGAUCCUCACCGUGCACUGCAUGGUCAUCCUGUUGAACUGUGCUCAUCACCUAAGUCAGAGACUGCAAAAGACUUUUGUGAACUAUGGAGAGGCCAUGAUGUACAGCCUCGAAACCUGCCCAAAUGCCUGGCUGAGGACCCACUCAGUGUGGGGAAGGUACACUGUCAGCUUUUUAUUAAUCAUCACCCAAUUGGGCUUCUGCAGUGUUUAUUUUAUGUUUAUGGCAGACAAUUUACAACAGAUGGUGGAAGAAGCCUACGUGACCUCCAACACCUGCCAACCCAGGAAGAUCCUGGUGCUGACCCCCACCCUGGACAUUCGUUUCUACAUGCUGACAAUCCUGCCCUUCCUGACCCUGCUGGUGUUUAUCCAGAACCUCAGGGUGCUGUCUGUCUUCUCAGCACUGGCCAAUAUCACCACCCUGGGGAGCAUGGCUCUGAUCUUUGAGUAUAUCGUGCAGGAGAUUCCAGAUCCCAGGAACCUACCCUUGAUGGCAAGCUGGAAGACUUUCUUGCUGUUCUUCGGUACAGCCAUCUUCACGUUUGAAGGCGUCGGUAUGGUUCUGUCUCUCAAAAACCAGAUGAAGCAUCCACAGCAGUUUUCUUUUGUUCUGUACUUGGGGAUGUCCCUUGUCAUCGUCCUCUACAUCUGCCUGGGGACACUGGGCUACAUGAAGUUUGGGUCGAACACCCAGGCCAGCAUCACCCUCAACUUGCCCAAUUGCUGGUUGUACCAGUCGGUCAAGCUGAUGUACUCCAUCGGCAUCUUCUUCACUUAUGCCCUCCAGUUCCACGUGCCAGCUGAGAUCAUCAUCCCCGUCGUCAUCUCCCAGGUGUCAGAGAGCUGGGUGCUGUUUGCAGACCUGUCUGUCCGCACGGCCUUGGUCUGUCUGACCUGUGUCUCAGCCAUCCUCAUACCCCGCCUGGACCUGGUCAUCUCCCUGGUGGGCUCCGUGAGCAGCAGUGCCCUGGCCCUCAUCAUCCCACCCCUCCUGGAGCUCAUCACCUUUUACCCUGAAGACAUGAGCUGUGUCACCAUUGCAAAGGACAUCAUGAUCAGCAUCCUGGGCCUUUUGGGGUGUGUAUUUGGAACAUACCAAGCCCUCUAUGAGUUGAUCCAACCCAUCAACCAUUCCAUAGGCAACUCCACAGCUGUCUAUGCAUAA